GCGAGGCGCCGGGCUUUCUUCUUGUCGCUGGUGCUGGCCGGCUGGAUGGGCGAGGCGGUGGCGGGCAUCACGGUGAGGUACCGGGUGUACGAGGAGCAGCCGGUGGGCACGGUGAUCGGCCGGCUGGCGGAAACUCUGACCGGCCAACUGAACCCUUCCUCCCGGCGCUUCCGCGUGAUGCAGCGGCUGAACUCGUCGCUGCUGACGGUGCGGGAGGAGGAUGGCGAGGUCAGCAUCGGCGAGCGGAUCGACCGGGAGCGGCUGUGCAGGCCGACGGCCGCCUGCCGCAUCAGCUUCGACGUGAUCACCCUGCCCACCGAGCACCUGCAGCUGAUCCAGAUCGAGGUGGAGGUGCUGGACAUCAACGACAACUCGCCGCGCUUCCCCCGCCCCCUCAUCCCGGUCGAGAUCUUCGAGAGCGCCUCGGUGGGCGCCCGCUUCCCCCUGGACAGCGCCGUGGACCCGGACACGGGCGACAACUCCCUCCACACCUACUCCCUCACCCCCAACGAGCACUUCGCGCUGGAGGUCCGCACCCGGACGGACGGCGCCAAGUACGCCGACCUGAUCGUGAUCCGGGAGCUGGACCGGGAGCGCCAGGCUCGCUACGACCUCCGGCUCAUCGCCUCGGACCGCGGCGACCCCCCGAAGUCCGGCUCCUCGCUCCUCAGGAUCAGCAUCGCCGACUCGAACGACAACAGCCCGGCUUUCGAGCAAGCCUCCUACACCAUCGAACUUCUGGAGAACUCGCCCGAGGGCUCCCUCCUCCUCGACCUGAACGCCACCGACCCGGACGAGGGGAGCAACGGCAAAGUGAUCUACUCCUUCAGCAGCCACGUGCCCCCCUUGGUGCUGGAGACCUUCCGCAUCGACCCCGACACCGGCCACUUGCUCCUCCUCCGCCCGGUGGACUACGAGCUCAGCCAGACCUACGAGAUCGACGCCCAAGCUCAGGACCUGGGCCCCAACUCCAUCCCGGCCCACUGCAAGAUCAUCAUCAAGGUGGUCGACGUGAACGACAACCCCCCGGAGAUCGCCGUCACGCUGGUGCCUCUGGGCAACGACGUGGCCUCCGUGUCCGAGGCCGCCCCCAAGGAGACCUUCAUCGCCGUGGUCCGGGUCGAGGACAAGGACUCGGGGCGGAACGGGCAGGUGGUGUGCCGACUGCAGGGCCACGGGCACUUCAGGAUCCAACAGACCAACGAGAAGAACUACAUGAUCCAGACCAACGAGACUCUGGACCGGGAGAAGAUCGCCCAGUACAAGCUGAAAGUGAUCGCCGAGGACCUGGGCACUCCAAGUUUCACCACCGUCCAAUACCUCACCGUCCAGAUUACUGACGAGAACGACAAUGCCCCCCAGUUCCAGAAGAGCAAAUACGAACUGUUCGUGCCCGAAAACAACUCGCCCGGGGUCUUCAUCACCGUAAUGACAGCCACCGAUAUGGAUUUUGCUGAGAACAGCCAGGUUACCUACACCAUUCUGGAGUCCUACAUCUCUGGGAGUUCCAUCACCACUUACCUGACCAUUGACCCAUCCAUUGGAGCAAUCUACGCACUUAGGACUUUUGACCGUGAAGAGAUCAACAGGAUAUCAUUCACUGUCCAGGCCAGGGAUGGAGGGACCCCUCAACUUUCCACCAACACAACAGUUCUUUUGACCAUUCUCGAUCAGAAUGAUAACUCACCUGCCAUUCUAAAGCCUGUUUUGCGGAAUGGUACGGCCGAAGUACCAAUCCCGACUGAUGCUGGGCCCAACUACUUAGUGACUACCAUAGCAGCGAUCGAUAAAGACUCGGGCAUCAAUGCCGAGUUCACUUGUAGCAUCCUUGAUGGCAACCAAAAUGGAAUUUUCAUUUUGGAUACAAGAACUUGUGACAUUUACACCAAUGAUAGCUUGGUUUGGGGUCAGGAGAAAAGUUGGGACCUCGUUGUGGCUGUGCAAGAUAAAGGGACACCGAGUCUCAGCACAGUGGCUGCCUUAAAAGUUGUCCUGGCCGAACCCGGGGAAGAAAUCCACCAUGAUGAACAAAGUAGUUUGGAUGACUCCAUGAUCAUCAUCAUAUCGCUGGGUGUGAUUUGUGCAGUUUUGCUAAUCAUCAUGGCCAUGUUUGCCACGAGAUGCAAUCGGGAAAAAAAAGAUACCAGAUCUUACAACUGCCGAGUGGCAGAAUCCACUUACCAGCACCACCCCAAACGACCAUCCAGGCAGAUUCACAAAGGGGACAUCACUCUGGUGCACACAGCGACUGGGACGUUACCCAUCAGAUCCCAACACAGGGCUUCUCCUUCCUCCUCCCCAACUCUCUCAGGAAUAGAUCGGGGUCAGAUGUGCAGCAGACAAACCAACCAUAGCCGCCAGUCUCUCAACAGUUUAGUAACCUUGUCCUCCAACCAUUUACCUGAGAACUUUUCACUGGAGCUCACACACACCUCUCCACCUGUUGAGCAAGUUUCUCAGCUGUUGAGUAUGCUGCAUCAAGGCCAGUAUCAGCCAAGACCAAAUUUUCGAGGAAAUAAAUAUUCCAGAAGUUACAGAUACGCUCUUCAAGAUAUGGACAAAUUCAGUCUGAAGGAUAGUGGUAGAGGUGACAGUGAAGCCGGAGAUAGUGACUACGAUUUGGGUAGAGAUUCUCCCAUUGACAGGCUUUUAGGGGAAGGCUUCAGUGAUCUCUUUGUCACUGACAGUCAUCGAUUUCAUCCAGCAAUGAAAUUGUGCACAGAUGAAUGCAAAGUACUGGGCCACUCUGAUCAAUGCUGGAUGCCUCCUUUGUCUUCAGGCGUUUCUGCUGAUUACAGGAGCAACAUGUUUAUUCCUGGUGAGGAUACACAACAGCUACAGGAAGAUGAUUGUGACUCUUCAGAUUCCAAUGAAAAGAAAAAAAGCUUUUUGACCUUUGGCAAAGAGUCUCAGAAUGAGGAGACAGAGGACCUGGGGACUUCAUCCCUCUUGUCAGAAAUGAACAGUGUUUUCCAAAGAUUGCUGCCUCCACAAAUGGACAUCUAUGCAGAAUGCAGUGAAGUUGGCAGUGUCAAUUCUUUGGAAAAUAAAAAAGGACCUUUGGGAAUGAAGCCAGUUCCCUAUCCACAAGGGGUGGCAGCUUGGGCAGCAAGCACUCAUUUCCAGAAUCCGGUGAACAGUGUUGGUAUGGCUCCUGUUAAUCAUAUAAAUCCCCCACCAAUCUCUAAAUGGUUGCCUGCCAUGGAGGAAAUCCCAGAAAAUUAUGAAGAAGAUGAAUUUGAUAAUGUUCUCAGCCAGCUUGCUCCCUGUAAGCGUGAGAGUAAACACGAACUCAUUGAUGCCAGUGAACUUGUAGCAGAAAUUAACAAACUUUUACAAGAUGUCCGACAGAGUUAAAAUUGGUUGUGUACUUUAUUUUUUCUCUUCCUCUUUUUUGGAAACUGGAAGAUUGGAGAGUCAUUGUCAACGAUUUGCAUUUAUCAAGUAAAUGUAUCUAUGACUUUGAAUACAGUUAUAUUUUCACAUUAAGUAUACCAAUUUAAGUGUAAUUAUGUUCGUAUUUUAAAAAUACA